AACGGGGCGGGACCUUGCGUCACUGAGGUGCGACUGUGUCGCUCACCGAACCGCUUCUAGCCGCGGGCCUGAGAGGCUGGUGGAGCAGCAUAGCUGCAGCGGGGAGCGCGAUGCCUUGAACCUGUGGUGAGCUCCGCAGCGCUGUCCUCCCGCAGUGUCCUUCGUUAACUGCUCGCACCCUCGACCCUUGCGUAGGAACCGCGCCGGGCCUUGACUGCCGAGCCCGGCUCCCCUUUCCAGGCCGCGGCUGAGGGCGUGGGGCUGGCCGGGAGGCCCCGCCGGAGGCGCUGACUCCGUCCGGCGGUUUCCGAGUGGAGAGGAGGCGAAAUUAUGUGAAGCAACACUUCUGGAUUCUAAAAGACAUCACUUCAUCAUGGGACAGCAAAUUUCAGAUCAGACACAGCUGGUUAUUAAUAAGUUACCGGAAAAAGUAGCAAAACAUGUCACAUUGGUUCGAGAAAGUAGCUCCUUAACUUAUGAAGAAUUUCUUGGGAGAGUAGCUGAACUCAAUGAUGUAACUGCUAAAGUGGCUACUGGCCAGGAAAAACAUCUUCUCUUUGAGGUACAACCUGGUUCUGAUUCCUCUGCCUUUUGGAAAGUGGUUGUACGGGUGGUCUGUACCAAGAUUAACAAGAGCAGUGGCAUUGUAGAAGCAUCACGGAUCAUGAAUUUGUACCAGUUUAUUCAGCUUUACAGAGACAUCACAAGUCAAGCAGCAGGAGUAUUGGCUCAGAGCUCCACCUCUGAAGAACCUGGUGAAAACUCAUCCUCUGUAACGUCUUGUCAGGCUAGCCUUUGGAUGGGAAGGGUGAAGCAGCUGACCGAUGAGGAGGAGUGUUGUAUCUGCAUGGAUGGACGAGCUGACCUCAUCCUGCCUUGUGCGCACAGCUUUUGCCAGAAAUGUAUUGAUAAAUGGAGUGAUCGACACAGAAAUUGCCCUAUUUGUCGCCUACAGAUGACGGGAGCAAAUGAAUCUUGGGUGGUGUCAGAUGCCCCCACAGAAGAUGACAUGGCUAACUAUAUUCUUAACAUGGCUGAUGAGGCAGGCCAGCCCCACAGGCCAUGACCUUGGGGUGAAGAGCUGCUUCUGUUACUGCGGGCUACAAGUACCCGGAGAAAGAACAGGUCUCUUGUAGCACAGAUACAGAAAAACUAACUUUUCCCAUCCUCUUAUUUUUGCUGUUCUGGUAAUGUGUUCCAUUUUUUUAAAUAAACUUUCCAUAUCUUCCAUUCAUGGUAAAGUAAAAUUUGCUACUGUUUUAGAUUGUAUUUUAUCUGUUCUAAUGUGUAUUAGAACUAAUUGCACUUGAAUCCUCUGCUAGCAAAUAACAGCAAUAUUUCCAGAGGCUUGGACAAACUACAGAUUUUGAGAGCAGACGUGUGCUGGAAUCUUUUUUAGUUAGGUUUAAAAACUUGAAUUUUGAAAAGCUGUAGCGACCUGAGAGAAAAAUUUUAAUGACUAAAAACAUAGACUAUGUGAAAGUGCGUAUUACUACUUAAAACUAGUCAUUCUGCUGGAGUUUAAGAAGUAUGUAUUAUGCCCCCUUGUGGUUAGUUCAUGCUCCUUUAAUAAUUUUUACUUGAAGUGAUCCACAAUUUCAUAACUAUGUAACUUCAGCAGUGUGUUUUUCAACUAGUUUUUACUUUUAAAAAUUUUUUCUAAUGAUAUAUAAUUUGGGUGAAGACUAUAAAGUUGGAACUUUGCCUUAUAAAUGAAUUUCUGCUGGAAAAUCUCCUUGACUGUUCUGGAAAUGCCUUUCCAAAGCUGAAGAACUGUUUCAAGCCGCUUUUGAUAAUGUUCAUGCAUCCUGGAGUUUCAGAAGGCAAUUUUUCAUCACAGUAUAUACCUUUAUAUUUACAGAUUAUGAUGAGUAAUUUAAUAUUGGUUUAUGGUGCUUUUAUUUUAAUUUGAAGGUAUCUUUUUGAGGUUUCAAGUCCUCAAAUUUCUUAGGUGAAGAGAAGAACAUAGAGUGAGGCUUCUUCACCACACAUACGUAAAACACCUCUGCAAGCUAGAAGGUUAUUUGGCUGUCUUACUGCUUCACACUAUUUCCUUGAGUAAAAAUGGAAUUAAGAUCUUCAGUAGCACCUCAACCAAUUUUUAGAUCUUAUAAAGUAAAAAUUUUAACAUUAGCAUUUCAGCAUAGAAUAAAACUAGGGCCUUGAAGUCUCCUUUAAAACAAUAUUUUAACAUUCCUUGUAAAUUUUUUGACCUAUUAUUAUUGGUAACUUGCAAAUAUUGCUAUUUUUCUAAGUACCAAGAUACACCCAGUUGCUGCUUAUUGAUGACAUAAAUUUUUGGAUAGUAAGAUUUUAGGAAGUACGCAAAUAAAAUCCAUUUCAAGGAAAAAGGUCUGUCUGAAAUAACUUUAUUUUGCCCUCAAAACUGAACAUUGAUAUUCAUGCUGAGGACAGCUAAGUACCAAAUAGUUAAAUACUCACUUUUGUUGGUUUAUACAAGCAGAAUUCUGGGGACUCUUAUAUUAACCUGGUAGUAUGCCUGAUGGUUAUAUAAUCUUGAGAAAACCUCUUACUCUUGUUUGUAGCUUCCUCCUUUAGAAAGAGACUUUAUCUGUGGCUUUCAUACUAUUUCAGCAAUGAAACCAUUUUUUCCCCAAGUAAAACCUUAGAACCCAAUCCAGGUGUGGUGGCACAUGCCUGUAAUCCCAGCACUCAGGAGGCUGAGGCAGGAAGAUUUCUUCGAGUUCAAGGCCAGCCUGAACUACACAGCAGCAAGACCUUUUCUCAAAAAAAAAAACUUAAACCCCUUAUACACAUGUUUGCAUGCAAACACCCUACUCUACUGUGUAAGUCAUAUUAAUAUAAAUUCCCUUUGCUCCAAUAAGUAAAUAUUACCAACCAGUAAAAAUAUAUAAGGCACUGCUGAUAUAUGGUAUAUUAGAAUUUGGUGAGUAAUAAUUUUGAGAGUUAUUUAAAAUAUUUGGAGUGUGGGUCAGAAGGUUCAGUUCAUGUCAAAUUUGCAUAUUCCUAAAUUUCCUCCAUUGAUUCUUAAUAAUCUAAGGAAAAAACUUCAGGAUAAGUGAUCCUCUGAGAUGUUCUCCAGCUCUAAAAAUUUAAAUUGUCUUUUUGGAUUAGACUUGCUGUGUUUAAUUCAGAUUGCCUAAUUUUAAAGUGUUUCUGAAAAUGAACAGUGUUGCUUUACAAGUUUUUGAGUCUUUCCAGGUAUAGCUAGUGAUUUUAUCCCCGGAACCCUUCACCCCUGAAGAAAUUAUGGGGUCGAGCCCAUUGAGCCCAGUGACUUGACAUUACCUGCACCUGUUUAUCUUACAAGAUGCUCUCCAAGACACUAACUGAUUUACUGUGAAAUACGAAACAUUUUAUACUAGCCUUAUCAAAUAAGUGGACAUGGUUCUCUGCUCACUCCACUAAAACUAGGUGAUAAUUCCUGAGAUGUGAAUGUUAGGUAGGUUCUACUGUAAUAUCUAAUCGUAAAUGUUGUAAAUUUGUUUAAUAGAUGAAAUGUACAUUUUUUUCCUACUCUGUACAGCUUUGUCUUUUUUAAAUAUGAAGUACUUAAAUGCACUUACUAUGAUAGGAAAUACGUGUGCCUUCUAGGAUUUGUGAAAUGGUCUCAUGUAGUCUAAGGAAUGUGUCUUAUAAGUUAUACAGUGUUCUGUAUCCUAACUCAGUAACAAAGGGUUUACUAACUAUAAUGCUAGAACUUUAGUUUGAGAAAAUGAGUUGGACUGUGUACUGAAUUUAGAGGUUGACAAUAGUAGUACCUGUUUUGUUAAGAGAAACUGAUCAAUUGUGCAAUAAAUAAUCUUUAGCAAGAAGUUUUUGCGAAUUUAAAAUAUUUUUCUUAUCAUGUAAUUUCACUUUCGUAUAUGCUAAAUGUUUAUAUUCCUUAGGACUAUUUUAUAUUGUGCUUUGGGGGGGUUGUGAUGUUUGUGUGCUAUGUCUUGAGAUUAAUUUUAAAUUGGACUUGAUUUCCUUGUAUCUAAUAUAUAUCUAGAUAAUAAGACUCCUUGGAAAGACCUUUUGGUUCAGUGACUUUUAACAUUAGGAAAUUGAAUUCAUUAAAAGGCAAGUCUGGAGAAUUUGCAUUUUUAA